CGCGGGCGACGGGCGGGAGCCGCGGCGCGAUGGGAGCGCGGCAGUGACCGCGGUGCCGAGCUCACGCCGCGGCCGGACCGGGGCCCGGAGCGAGGGGAGCGAGGGGAGCGAGGGGAGGCCCCGGCGCAGGUUAGAAGACUAUCAAUAAUAUGGAGCAGAACAAUGAAGUGUUUCAGGGACAAACUCUGGCCAAAGCUUCUCCAUGUGAAGCAGAACUCCAGGAGUUAAUGCAUCAAAUUGAUAUCAUGGUAAACAGCAAGAAAGUGGAAUGGGAAAGGAAGAUGCAAGCUUUGGAGGCAAAGAUGGAUAUCCAGGAUCAAGAAUUAGCAAAUGCCCGAAGUAAAUUGGAUCAAAAAGGUCAAGAGGUGGAACUACUUCAACAGAAACUGGAAAACUUACAGAAAACUAAAUAUGAAAUGGUUCAGAAUUAUGAGGUUCAGCUUCAAGCACUGAAAUCUCAAUUUUUGAAGUUGAUACAUAGUUAUGAAAAGCUACAGUUACAUCAGUUAAAACAGAAGAAGGUUCAAAGUAGAGAAAAAUGUGUGGAAGGCCUAGAGAUGCCAUCUGAACUGAGCAAUUUAAACAAGAAACUAGAGGAAUUUGAAGCAAAAUCGAGAGAAUGGGAUAAGAAGGGGACAAUCUAUCAAAAUCAUCUAGUUUAUUUAGAUGCUCAACAAAAAUUACUGUCGGAGAAAUGUAAUUUAUUUCAGAAACAGAUCCAGAAUUAUCAAUUCCAAAUAAGCAAUAAGAAACAAAACCAGGAAGAGGUAAUUACCUCCAGCCAGCCCAAAAGUGAAAAGGAUGAGUUAAUUAUUGAAAAGCUAAAGGCAACUGUGAAUGAAAUAGCAAUAAACAGGAAUAAGCUGGAAGAGGAAAACCUAAAACUGCAGGAGGAUCUAAAAAUGUACCAAAAACAGUGCCAGAACAUGGAGGCAGGCUUUUCAGAGAUGAGAAAUGAGCUGCAGUCACGGGAUCCUCUCUGGAGAGGGAUACAGCUGGAAUGCCAACAGUUGCAUACAGAAUUAUUGAAGAUCAGACAGCAUAAAGAUAUGCAGGAAAUUCAAAUACAGCAUCAAUCAUCUUGUGUACAACUUACUGAGCAACUAGAAAAUAAAAAUGCUGAGUUGUUAUUAUUGGCACAAAGCCAAGAAAGCCAGCAAGAAGAGCUAAACAAGAUAAGAGACCAUCUUUAUCAAGAGGAGCAGUCUCAUUGCUCUGAGCAGGACAGAAUGAGGACGGAAAUCUCUGACCUGACAGAAGAGCUUCAUCAGAAGGAGAUCACUAUAGCAACUAUCAUGGAGAAAGCUAGUCUUCUGGAAAGACAGUUAAAAAUGGAGUUAGAGAUAAAAGACAAAUUGUUAGCAAAACAACAGUUGUUGGAUUUCAGAUACAAGGCUAUCAAAUGUGAAAACACACAUCUAAAAGACAUGAUGGAAAACCAGGAGUGUAAAAGAUACAUGAGUAGAGAUUUAUCUAACAAAAAGCAUGGAAGUUACACAGCUCCCAUUCACAAACUGGAACAUGAGAAUGUAAGAUUACGAAAUAGUCUCAUUAAACUACGAAAUAACACAGAAACAUCAAUACUGGAUGUCAUGGAUACAUAUGAAGAAACAGAGCACAGCUACCAAACCCAUCUAAAGAUGCAAGAAAAGGAAAAGAGAACUUUCCAAAAUGAAGAUGAAUCACAAAUGAAACCUCAACAGACUGCUUUGUUCACAGCCAGUAGAUGCCACAGAAACUGUAGUCCUACUUUGUAUGGCCAAGGUGAUAUCAUUGGUUCAGAAAGUGGCAGCACUUUAUCUUCUCAUAAACCUGACAGAGGUCAUGAACAGGAACUAGAUGAUAAGUCUCCAUCACCACCAAUGGACUUUCCUUUGUGCUCUGACGGGCUGCUUCCUGAAGAAGGCAGAACAAGCAUUUUACUGGGCCAUGCUUAUAGCGCAGAAGAAGUCAAAUUAUCAUCUCCUCCUGAGAUAUCCCUCCUUGCAACAACAGAAAAGUUUCUUCAAGAGGAAGAGAAGCACACCAAAGAAUUUGAAGAACGUUUAAAUUCGCACAUUGAAGAACUGCAAAGACAUUCUGAAAAUACCCUAAGAAAAUAUGCCAGCUUAAAGCAAAACAGACAUAUUUAAGCCAGUUAGCUUUUUUUACACAAUUAAGAAAAUAAAACCAAGUAAUCACCUAGGAGUUUCUUAGAACAAAAAUCUGUGACUAGCUUCUUAAUUUAUUUUGGCACAUAGCAAAUAGUGUAUAUUUUUUAAUGUCAAGGGUUUAAUAAGAUAAUUGUUCUCCUAUGGAUUUUGGUAAAUUGUAACUUGGCUCUACUACAAAAUAUUGUACUCUAGACAUGUGCUAUAGUAUACAGGUUGUUUUUGCAUAGUUGAAUUGUGUGCAGCAGAGACCCUGUUGCAGCGCCAUAAAUUAAGUAAGAUACUUUCAAUUCUGUGAUGUACAGAGGGCUAGUAAGUGGAAUUAUUCCCUUGAAAAUAUAAUCAGACAAGAGAAAUUCUCUAGAUUGCACAGAGCAAGAAUAAUAGGGGCCUCUAGCCAUGUUAUGCCUCCUAGCGUAAAUAGCUUAUGUGUGCGCUGGUUAUUCUUGGCAAUAGAGAUAGGCCUUGGGACACCUGAAAUGAGUAAGUUUGAGCUUAUUCUUUCUUAUGCUCUAAGACAUGCAGUUCUAUGGGAGGAACAUGAAUAGACAAAGCAUGAACAUAUUUUGAAGCCACUCAGACCUUUAGACUUCACCUGGGACAGAGUCUGAUCUUAGUUGCUUUACAAGCUUUACACUGAUACUGAAGUAUUUAUAUCCUGUCUUCAAAAGCACCUGUUUUGGUAUUGAUGUUUCUGAUAUUAUCUUGGCUCAUUGUUUAACUACAUGGAAUAGGAAAAAAACCUUUAACUUUAGACAUCGUGUGAUCAAUCUUAGGUAAGGGCCUAGAUUUUUUAUAUUUUUCUACAACACAGGAAAACAUUAUAAAAUGGAGCAAAGUUAGUUCAACUCUAUAUGCUGAAAAACUGCCUACUGUUGAGAUUCCUUUUGUUUGCAAUUCACACUGAAUUCUAUUGCUGUGUAAGUGAAACAGUCAAAAAUUACAGGCAGUGCUGAUUAACCACCAAUUUCAGUGAAAGAGAUUCUGAAGAACUGUUUUCCAGCAUACACUGUUGCCAGCUUCCUCGAAAAAUCUGGAUAAAAAUAAUACCAGACUGUCAAACAGCCCAGUCUGUGAGUAAAAAAACUAUCAUUAAUAUUCAAGACCACAGCAAAUACCUAAAUUGUUUUUGGAAGCUAUAUUUCCAUGAUGACAAAAUACACUACAUCACACUUACACAAAAUACCAAGAUUUUAAAUACCGGUUUGGCUCAGUUUGCAAUAAAAUGAGUAAUGAAAAGGAAGACAUCAAAGAAUCUUUUACAGGAAAAUUCAGAGGAAUUACUAGACUCAGCUGGAGAAACAAAGGCUGAAUAAAAAGAUGAUGAAAGGACAUCUGAACAAACUAAAUAUAUAUGCAUCCUCAAUUUAAGAGGAGAUGCAUCUGGGAGUUUUAAGAGAUCUAAUGAAGAAACUUAGGAACCUCUGGAAAUAAUGCUAAACUUCAGGUUGGGAAAGAUCUGUAGAAGCAAAAAGACAACACAACAUUGUCUUUCAGAAGGGGAAAAGAAGAAAUGGAAUAUUAGCCAGUUAGCCAGAUUCCUCUGCCACUAAAAGAUUUAAAUAUGUAACAAGUCACUACAGCCCAGAUCUUCAUGGAAAUGUAUGUGCCAGCCUCCAGUUAACUACCCGAGGAUCUCUUGUGAUACAGGUCUGUGUGAUCAAGUAGCAUGAAUGAAUGAAAUUAUCAAAAAAUGAGUAAGAGCUUUUUAAAAACUUUCUAACACCUGGCCAAGCUAUUAACUUUCUCUAAAGAAAUAACAGUGUCAGUUCCAGCCUAGCUUUUGUGUAAUAUCGUACGAUAAACUGCACAUGAAAACCACUGAAACCUGCAUAGUCCAUGUAUCUGGACAACCUGCCUGGGUACCAUUAUUUGCUGCUCGCAGCAUAGUACAUCAAAAAUGUGCUGAGCCUGUCUGUUUCUAAGUGCAAACCACAGCGCUGGUCUUGAACGCUCACCUGAAAGGCCACCUGUCUCUUCCCCAGCUGGACUGGCAACAGCUUCUCAUCUAACAGUUGUCUCAUCUGAACACAAGUCCAUUGCUGGCAGAGCUUAGUCAGAGUCCAAACACGGAUUCAGAAUGGUGCUGUCUGCACACGGUAAAGAUCUGCCGAUUUUUGAGGGAGGCUGUCAAGCCUACGUGUUCCACAUGCCUUCGAGUAAAGAUCAGCCUGUUCUGGGUGGAUAAGUUCAUAACUUAUGUGAUAAUAUUUCUG